GUUACUCUCUGUCUCUUCACUAUCAUAAUGGGUGCUCACUCAGCAGUUUGGCAAGGCUACGUCGACUCCAGCCUCAUGGGCUCGGGUCAAUUCGACAAGGCCGGUAUCCUCGCCGCUGACUUCUCCGGUCUCGAGGCCGCCUCCCCCGGCUUCACUCUCUCACAGGAGGAAAUCAACUCCUUGAUCGCUGCCUACACCUCAAGCGACAACGCCUUCGCCGCGGGUAUCUCCGUUGGUGGUGAGAAAUUCAUUUGCAUCAAGGCUGAUGAGCGCAGUGUAUACGGCAAGAAGAACAAGGAGGGUGUUAUUAUUGCCCGCGCCUCGGCUUGCACCAUUAUCGCUCACCACACCGAGAGCGUCCAGACCACCAAUGCCGCCAAGGUUGUCGAAGACCUCGUCGACUACAUCAACAACCCUCAAUAG